AUGAGCGACAAGAUCGAGCCAACGGGAUUCUCGGGCAAGCCGCGCCUCGCAUCAAAGGUCUGUGUCAUCACAGGUGCCGUGGGAGGCAUCGGACAAGCAACCGUGGUGCGCUUCGUGGAGGAGGGUGCAAAGGCCGUCAUCAUCAGCGAUCUCAACAAGAAGGCAUGUGAUGAGCUCGUCGAGAAGGUCAAGGCGAACCUUCAGCAACUGGCUUGGCCGGGCCUCGAGCCGAUCACGGAGCUGUACGCUAUCCAGUGUGACGUGACCAAAGAGGAGGAUCAAGCAAGGCUGUUCCAAGAGACGCUCGACAAGUUCGGAUCGGUCGAUGUUGCAGUGGCCAAUGCGGGCAUUGGAUCGCCCCAAGCUCCUCUCGAGGAAACGUCUCUCGGCUUGUUCAAGAAGAUGUUUGACAUCCACACGACGGGCGUCUGGCUCACGACCAAGUACGCUGCCAAGGCAAUGCAGGUCAACAAAGAAGGCGAAGGCAAAGGAUCUAUCAUCAUUAACAUCAGCGUGGGAGGCCUGAUUGCCGAAUCGAACUUUUCGCCCUACAUUGCAUCCAAGUGGGGUGCAAGGGGCGUUGGACUAGCUCUGGCAAAGGAGCUGGGUCCAAAGGGCAUCCGCGUCAACAAUGUCCAUCCUGGCAUCGUCGACACUCCACUGGCAACUGACUGCUGGAAGCCCGAAGUGGCACAAGCCAUUCGUGAGGCCUCGACUCUGCGGCGAUCUGCGACAGCGGUGGAAGUUGCAAACGCCUUUGUCUUUCUCGCUUCCGGAGAGAGCUCUUACGUGGCUGGCGCCACGCUGGGGGUCCACGGCGCAAUGGUGGCCUAG